CGAAUUAAGUAGUCUUUUUGAAAUAGAGAAAACACAAACUCCUAAAAUUUUGACAGUUAUGAAAGUGGAAGAAGACUAACCAAUUUUCAGCUAUAAAAUCAGAGUAUUUGCUUUUGUUUCUCAUCACAAAUACUUGGCUAAUACUUAAUUAACAAAGAGAUAUAAUGGCAUCUACUGGUAAAUGUUUAAACAAAAUGGUUAAUGGCACUGUUCUGCUUAUGAAAAAGACACCGUUGGACCUUGGUUCAUCCGAAUUAGCUGCUGCACAUCAAGGUUAUGAAAUUAUUGGGCAGAAGGUCAUCCUGCAGUUAAUUAGUUCUGUCCAUGGAGAUCAAGGGAAAAAAUUGAAAGGGAAACUUGGGAACCCUUCACAUUUAGAAGAUGAGAACAAAUCAGGCAGCGACUCAAAGUACAGUGUGACAUUUGAGUGGGAUCAUGAACGGCUUGGAGUUCCAGGAGCAUUCAUCAUCAAGAACUCGAACCCAAGUGAAUUUUUUCUCAAAUCACUAACUCUUGAAGUUGCUGAUCCAAAUCAGGGAAGUUUGCACUUUGUUUGCAAUUCUUGGGUUUAUCCUGCUGAGAAGUACGAGUCCGACCGCAUUUUCUUUGUGAAUCAGGCUUGGCUUCCGAGUGAAACUCCAGCAGCAUUGCGGUGGUACAGGGAAGACGAGUUGCUUCAUUUGAGAGGAAAUGGAACUAGAAAGCUUGAGGAAUGGGACAGGGUUUAUGACUAUGAUUGUUACAAUGAUCUUGGUGAUCCCGACAAUGAUCCUCUUCUUGCCCGACCAGUCCUUGGUGGCUCGGCUGAGUAUCCUUAUCCACGAAGAGGAAGAACCGGAAGGUCACCAUCAAAGACUGAUCCAAAGAGUGAAAGCCGGCUGCCCCAGAUUGCAAGCUUUGCAAUUUAUGUCCCAAGGGAUGAAAGAUUUUCUCCCUUAAAGAUGACAGAUGUCCUUAGUAACGCACAGAAAGCCAUUGCACAGCUCUUUGCUUCUCAGCUUGCUGCUUUAGGGAACCUUACUCUUAAUGAAUUUAACAACUUCGAGGAUAUAAUGAAAGUUUAUGAAGCAGGUGCUCCUGGAUUUCUCAAGUAUCCAACGCCACAUGUCAUUAGAGAGGAGAACUCUGCUUGGAUGUCUGAUGAAGAAUUUGGAAGAGAAAUGCUUGCUGGAUUGAACCCCGUGUGCAUAAGUGGCCUAAAAGAGUUCCCUGCAACAAGCAAGCUGGAUCCAAAAAUUUAUGGAGAUCAAACAAGCAAAAUUACUAGAGACCAAAUGCAGAAUCAGCUAGGUGGACUGACCAUUGAGAAGGCCAUAGAGGCGAACCGACUUUUCAUUCUGAAUUACCAUGACAUUGUGAUGCCUUAUGCGAGGAAACUUAACAUGUCACCUUCAAAGAUUUAUGCCUCAAGGACCGUGCUCUUUCUGCAAGAGGACGGUACUUUGAAGCCACUGGCCAUUGAACUAAGCUUGCCUCAUCCUGAUGGAGAUCAAUUUGGUGCCAUCAGCAAAGUGUUCACUCCGGCUGAGACAGGUGUCGAGUAUGCCUUAUGGCAAAUUGCAAAAGCAUUUGUUGCAAUCAAUGACUCGGGAGUACACCAGCUCCUCAGCCACUGGUUACAUACUCAUGCAUCAGUUGAGCCUUUUGUGAUAGCGACUCAUAGGCAGCUUAGUGUGCUACAUCCUAUCUAUAAGCUUUUGCAUCCCCACUUCCGUGAUACAAUGCAUAUCAAUGCCUUGGCUCGACAGGCUGUACUUAAUGCUGGAGGUAUUGUUGAGAAAACUGUUUUCCCUGGACCAUUGUCAAUGGAGUUGACUUCAAUUGCUUAUAGGGAUUGGGUUUUCCCUGAUCAAGCCCUACCUGCCGAACUUGUUAGUAGAGGAGUGGCAGUUAAGGAUCCUGCAUCCAAACAUGGUGUAAGCCUUCUGAUUGAGGAUUAUCCUUAUGCUGUGGAUGGACUUGAAAUCUGGUCAGCAAUCAAAAGUUGGGUUCAGGAGUAUACAAGUCUGUAUUACGGAUCAGAUGACGUGGUUUUGAAAGACACUGAACUCCAAGCCUGGUGGAAGGAACUUCGUGAAGUAGGACAUGGUGACAAGAAAGAUGAGCCUUGGUGGCCUAAGAUGCAAACACGUCAAGAACUGAUUGACUCGUUGACUAUCAUUAUCUGGAUGGCAUCUGCUCUUCAUGCAGCUGUUAACUUCGGUCAGUACCCUUAUGGAGGCUUUGCCCCAAAUCGUCCUGGUAUGAACCGAAGACUAAUUCCUGACCCUGGAACAAUUGAGUUUGAAGAGCUAAAGAUGAACCCCAUAAAAGGAUAUCUGAAGACAAUUACACCCCAGUUCCAGACUCUGAUUGGAAUAUCUGCUCUCGAGGUUUUGUCAACACAUACUUCAGAUGAAAUUUAUCUUGGCCAGAGAGACGCCGCUGAUUGGACCAAAGACAAAGAAGCACUGAAAGCUUUUGAAAAGUUUGGAAAGAAUCUGACUCAAAUUGAGGAAAACAUUUCAAUGAUGAACAAUGAUAUGGAGCUGAAGAACAGGACUGGGCCUGUGAAGAUGCCAUACACAUUGCUUUAUCCUACUAGUGAACCAGGACUUACUGCCAAGGGAAUUCCCAAUAGUAUUUCUAUCUGAUGUUACUUCCUAUAAUAUUCUAGUGUUAUCAACACUAGGUUUUAAAAUUUAAGUAUGAUAGGCCUGCUAGCUAAGUCGGGUCUGUCAAACUAUUGCUUAGCUUUAAUAUUAAACCAGCUUCAGCUCUGGUAAUUUAAUUAUAAUAUGAGAUAUAAUCUCUUAUAUUGUGAAUUUAUCCGUUACCUUUAUCUAUCUAUGAACUUAAAUGCAG